CUCCGAUUUCAAGUGACGCGCAUUUCCAAGUCGCAACUACUGAAUGAAACUGUUUCGUAGUAGAACUCCAGCCAUAGCUUUGUAGACCGGACUAACUUUUGAGAGUUUAUUUGUAUUUACCUACAAAGGUAAAUCGAUCGCCCAACCAUGAUCCGUGUCUUAAAAAGGGUGAAUUGAGUACGAGUAUAUAACGAGCCUAUCAAAUUUGCGGACUAACGUUCCUGACCUGCCUAGAAAUUUGUGAGAAAACUAUAAAGCUGAUUUGCUUCGCGGAACACAGUAAGUCGUUGUGUUGAGCUAAUCUUUGAAAUCGAUUUUCGGAUAUUGAUAUUCUCUUGUCGUAGAUGAAUGUUGAUAAAAUUGUUCCAUUAAUUUUGUUUGUUGGCAAGGUUGCGCUGUAGUGACGGGUAAGCUCUAAUUUUUUUGCUGUAUAGGUUUAAUUUAAAGGGAAGAGGUCUCGGUCGAGUUUUCCUGUUUUAUCGAAGUUAGAUGCAUCAGAUAUAUUAGGAAAUUUAUGUGAAUCACGAUGUGCGAACUUUUUCCUGUUUAUCGCUGGCCACCGAUCAUUUCUGAAAUGCUCCGAUUUCAAGUGGCGCGUAAGUCGCAACUACUUAGUGAAAGUGUUUCGUAGUAGAACUCAUGCCAUAGCUUUGUAGACCGGACUAACAACUUUUGAGAGUUUAUUUGCUGAGCAGAACUGAAUUUCAAUUAAGAAGUUGAGAAAAAUGUUUUCGUCGUGUUGGUUGUUUUUCUCGAGUUUAAGCAAACAGAAACUCAUGCAACUUGAAACGUGCCGUUGCUAUGAUGGUUCAAUGCCUUUUCUACAAUGGAGACGUCAUUUGGUUGUGAGCUUUGUGCUUGCGGUUUUGUGAUCGUUAAGGAUAAACUUGGAAUGAAUUGAUUUCUCACGCCAUCGUAACCUCGCACCAAGACAAGAUAUAAAAGCUCUAGUUCAGAGCCGCAAAGUAGACUUGUCAAACAGUUGACAUUCUCUUGUCGUAGAUGAAUGUUGAUAAAAUUGUUACAUUAAUUUUGUUUGUUCGCAAGGUUACGCUGUAGUGACGAUUAAGCUCUAAUUUUUUGGGGGUAUAGGUUUAGUUUAAAGGAAGAAGUCUCAAUGGACUUUUCCUGUGUUAUCGAAGUUAGAUGCAUAAGCUGUAUUAGGAAAUUUGUGUGAAUCACGAUGUGCGAACUUUUUCCUGUUUAUCGCUGGCCACCGAUCAUCCGUGAAAUGCUCCGAUUUCAAGUGACGCGCAAGUCGCAACUACUGGCUGAAAGUGUUUCGUAGUAGAACUCCAACCAUAGCUUUGUAGACCGGACUAACAACUUUUGAGAGUUUAUUUGCUGAGCAGAAUUGAAUUUCAAUUAAGAAGUUGAGAAAAAUGUUUUCGUCGUGUUGGUUGUUUUUCACGAGCUUGAACAAACAGAAACUCAUGCAACUUGAAACGUGCCGUUGCCAUUGUUGUUUAUUGGUGAACGGAAUUCAAUGCCUUUUGUAUGAUGGUGACGUCAUUUAGUUGUGAGCUUUGUACUUGCAGUUUUGCUUUCGUCGUGUCGCUUAUUUUUCACAAGUCUGAACAAACAGAAAUCCAUGCAACUUGAAGCGUGCCGUUGCCAUGAUGGUGACGUCAUUUAUUUGUGAGCUUGCUAUCGUUAAGGAAGUAUACUUGGCUGACUCAAUUUCUCACGCCAUUGUAACCUCGUAUCAAGAUAUAAAAGCUGGAGUUCAUAGCCGCAAAGCAGAGACUUUACAAAAGGAGCAAUGGAGAAAACGUUGCGUUGGUUUUAGAACGAUAAAAUGAAUGUCAAACCGGUCUGUCUUUUAAUCGAGGAGACUUAACUGUUUUAUUCCGGAUUAACUCGGCAAUCUUUGUAUUGAGUGCAUAUGAUAUAUUUUAGUUUGAUUGGUUUUGGCAGCCGAGCUGUUUUUGUGGUCUUUAACUGAUGAGAGCCAUUAUGUUGAUUGAAAUGAAACAGGGUGACAUUUUUCUUGCUAGAAAACUAUAAAAUUUCCUUAUAUCAUGGCUAACACGGCGAAGCGUGAUUCAAAGGUUACUGAUGAUGGCUCAUUUCGGUAAAGUUUGUGACGGGACUCUCUUACUCGGAGGAUGAGUCAGAGAGCCCUGAGAACGGAUUCGAACCUUCACAGACAUCAUCACAGUUUCACAGCACCAUCAUAACAAAAGUGACAUUUUGCAUCUACUUAGAACGAGAUGGGCCAAAUGAUCACUGUUACAAUUGCACUGCACUGGGAUACAAAGAUCGUGGACAAACCAAUCCCUGCCCCCUACACCACAAAGGUUCCUCAAGGUACGUUUCUUAUUGACAUCGUGAAGAAAGCUGCAAACGAAGAUAAAGAGGGGCCGUUCAAUAGGUACUCUACCACCUACUAUGGUGGUACAGGGGAAUUUGUCAUCGCCAUGGACGAAGUUGAACAGGUAUUGCAUUUUCAUGAUUUCUUUCUCUUUCUGCCUUUUCCUUAGGAGAGGGUAUCGAAGGGGGGGGGGCAGGAGGAAGAGGUGUUUUAAUUCCAUUUCACGCACGAAUUUUAAAAAAAUUCACGCGUCACGUAUACUUUAAACAGCAUUUCUUGCAUCACGAAUUGAAAACGGAAACUCUUCGUAUGUGUAAGGUUUCCAUGUCAACAGAAAUGCUUCUUCAUCCAACGCUCUAUCGUAAAUUUAUUUUCGCAAAUUUUUGCUGAAUCCAGAUACCAUCCAGAAGAAGUCUCCUAACAAAAAGUUUCGUCUAACUAACAUUUCUUUGAUUUUUACUGUUCAGGAUCCCGCCAACAAUCUAUACUGGAUGAUAAGAGACAAACAGACUGGAAAUCUCACCCCAACGGGAAUAGACCAAUACCAGCCACAGGACGGGUCAACUACAGUCUUCAGCUACGAAGAAUCAGGCAAGAGUCACCACGAAAGACUGACUCGUGGUUAAGCGUCUGGACAAGGGUGGGGGUUCUCUGGAUAAAUCAUAACCCAAAGCAGAUAAUGUGAACCACCUAUGAUUAGUUUUAAGGAAACUGUAAUAGUUUAUGUAAUAUUUUUUACUUUGCUGCAUCUAGUGUUAGCUAAGUCAUGACGUUAACUUCAGCUUUAUUUGAGAAUUUAGACGUUUCACCAUUUUGAUUCGUUUCUCAAAGAUCGUAUUGCGAUGCUGUUGCGUUGAACUGAUUUUCCAAAUACUUUUUAGUUAUAUCGUAAAUUUAGGCAAAUUUACCAUAACGCUCACGUAUAGUGAUCAGGGAACGUUUUUUGUUUAUUUGCUUAUGUAAAGUUUGGAAAAUAGCUAUUUUUCAUAUACUCCGUAGGUUUUGUAUUUUCCCAUUAGUUAAAUACUGGUUUAAAAGCCCCACUGAGUUCCGGUUGUGAUAUGUAUUAAUAAAGGGAAUAAGUUGCUAAAGAAACUGUAGUACUACCAGUCUCUGAAUCAUUUCGAAGUCGUUUAGAGUUUUUAAGAAUGAUAGAUUUAACUGCGUAGCUUGUUGUUGGACACGGUGGUAGCUCGCUUGAACGACAGAGACAGGAUAACCACGUUUAUCGAAAAACUGGCAACUUUCCCUGUGAUUUUUCGAGAAACUCCACAUAAACGACGAAGUCUGAGAAACUGCGAAAGAGGAGCGGACUUCAUGACAUACGAUGGAUGCGAAAAUGAAUACUAGCAGUAACUAUAUGAAUCUGUAGGUUUGUACUAAACACAAGUGCGUAGACCGUUAUUCGAUUGUGAUCAAACCCAUUCUUAGUCCUUGGAGAUUCGUUGUGAACCUUAAAACUAGAGCAGUUUUCAAUGCAGUGUCUAAUGCUUCCCUACAACGUAAUCUUGUCGGUGAACUGCGUCGGUUGUGGUUCAUUUUGCCCAGUGAUUAGUCCAGGAAACUCGCGCCAUCCUCACGACCAAUCGGAUGCCGGAAACUGAAAGUAGCCACAACUUUGCCACCCGCGUUUUCCCGCGCUUCAGAGAGUUCAUAUGUGUUUACUUCAAUAUCUCAAUCGUUUCGUUGCAUUCUAAUUUUUUUUCUAAUUCGUAGUGGUAAUUACUUUGUCAUAACUCAAUCGAAAAGCGAUCACAAAAAGGACCCACUAAACUCAUCACGUUGUUAACAUCCCUUUCAGAUGAAUGCAUUAAAAUCAAACAUGCAUUAUCGUGAACAAUGUUUUAAUUUUUACAAAUUCAUGGUCAAUCAAGAGCUACACACGAGAGAGACAGAUAGGAAUUCUCUCUAUUACGCCUUUCAUUUCCAGGACGUGACCAAGACAGAAUUUCUCCUUACAGUAUCAAAACAACAUCAAGCAGCCGAGUGAUGAGAAUAAAGAAAAUUAUCAAUAAUGGGAUCAAUAGUUGAUCCAAUACCAAAUUCUUAGAACAAACUUUACAGAAAAUGAAUGGCAGUCAGUAAGGAGAAUUUUCAUCAAGUCACUGAAGGUGAAUGCUAACCAAGAAAUUGUUUUUCGCCGCAAAAAUGACCAUCUAUACUUUUCGUGGGGAAAACUGAGGAGUGUAGCGCUUGAAGUCAACUCAGUGAGGAUGUUUCUUCCUCACUACUCACCAUCAGUAAUAAAUUAUGACUGUACAAAUUGGGAAUUAAUUUGACAUCAUAAUGUCCACAUUCUUGCUUUGAACAACGUUUAAAAUGUACAAUUUGAGGCAGGAAGGAAUGUUCAGGGAAUUGAUAAUAUCAAUACUACAGGGAGACAGCAACUUGCGGAUGGAAAGACGACAAAGGCGUUUCAGACUAAUAAGUUUUCCUACAAAUGAAAAUUAAAAAGUAGAUCAACCAAACUAAAUAAAGAUUUAGGAGGAACUGGUCAAGGUAAAAAUCUCUGUGAUAAAGAAAGUGUUGAUCCAAUGAGAACUUUAAGUGACUUCGGUGACCGGGGCGCGCGAAAAUUAUGCCGACAGCAAAAAAGGUGGGAAAAUCGUGUUAUUUGCGUAUCUAAAGAAAACAAAGGCGGGAAAAAUUUAAGUACCUUAGGGACACCGCGGUCAAACAUCUGCACAUGCGCAGACAUUGUGAUGAAUAGGUAGCGUGCUUUCAGGAUGGCUCACACAAGUAGACAAGUACACAAGGCAGUAAGUCAUGGUAUUGUAAAAGCGUAAAUCAACAGGAUACCCGUACUUGAAUAAGCUCCGCAAUCGAUAAGUUUCGAGUUUUCUUAUUUCCUACUUUUGUUUCCUGUUACAGAAUUCUAUUAACUUUUAAAUAAUCUUAUGCUUAACUUGCGAGACAGCAGUUGUUUCUUAUGUUUUCCUUUGAAAUUUUGCUGCUUGAACAGCGAAACCUCAAGCCUUAGGACAGAACAAAAUGAAACAGAGAUCCCCAUCCUACGCUCAAAUUCCACUUCCUUUCUUCAGUAGAACAAGGAAUGUGUGCGAUGGCCAGAAUGCACCAUUUUGGCAUCAUUAAAAAUGGUGGGGAGGUGGGCAGGGGAUAGCGCAAAUGUUACAUUUACGUACGUGAGGAUAGUUGGAUCGAGUAUAGAUUAUCGCCGCAGUAACGCUUCUUGUUUCGUUGUUUAAGGAUUCUAUCAAGGACUGGCUCUGGAAGAUUUACGAAGAACCUGGAAAACUCUGGUCUACCUUUGUAGAUCAUUACAAACUACAGGACAGCUCAACUACGAUCCUGAAGUUUAUCUCAAGCUAGGAAUCUGAGUCUAGCGCCAGCAAGACACUUGUGGGGAUGGGAUUGGUAGUCCUGUGCAUCUCACCCAUUGUGGAAGGCUUGCUUUUUUUUAACUCAAAUUAAAAAAAAAAUCUUAAUUACGCAACAGAUGCAGUCAGUAAAGGAAUUUCAAGCAAUUUCGCAGCGGCAUCUCAAUAAUACGCUAGCCUUACAGAAUAACACUAGAUUUUGGGUGCCGCAUGCGCUCAAGUUCAACAUUCAGCUUUCGUUGUCUUACAAGUAACUUUCAAGAAAACAUGUUGAUGUCUUAGAGUCUUGUGACGAGUAUAAUGAAGAGUCGAAACGAUAAACAUUUUUACAGCUUUUCAUAGUUUUAUUACCUUUUUUGUAUGCUGUUACUGUUAUCAAUGCUGGUAAUCUCAAAUAUCGAAACGCUUUUUCUUUUCCUCGCUGAUUUCUAUUCUUAUUUCAGUUAAGGAGAAUUUAAUGCUGCUCUAUAUUCAUUGAUCUGCCAUUUGUCUGUUUAUUUGGUUUUGUAAUGUUAGCCGCUUUUAAGGUCGUAUUGUUCAGGAAGAAGCCUUUUUAAGCACAGCUGAAUUGGUCGAGAAACGUUUUGAACCGGUUUUGAACCAGUUUGAGUUAGGUGAAAAAGCGUAGGUAGCGACCGCUGUCGUCUACGCAGACUCUUUGAAGUCAGGCUCCGGUUAUCAGCAAAUGAUGGUUGGGAAUGAAACGGUUAAAAUCAAUAGAACACGGCCCAAGGUUUAUUCCUCGACACGCGAUAAUGAUUCUUUAAUCCAAAAAAAUCCACGUUUCCUUUCCAUGAACACUUGAUAAAAAUGUUGACAGUGCACUUCCCACUCUUUCUGAGAUUUCUCACAGGUAGUGAAACCUCAGCAAUUUUCAACUGAAUGUAGAAAGUAAUUUGAUUUUGCUGCACAGCAAAUAAGACAGUAAAAGUCGCUCCAUUCUUCUGACACUGAACACCCUAACAUCUCAAGUGAGAUCACAAAGUCAAAUUCUUCGACUGCCGGAAAGGGAAAAUUAUUGGACCGGCCACAAGUGCUGGAAAAACGUGGAACAAAAGACGGGACAAUUUUAUCAAGUGCAUAGCGCGGGGGGUGGGGGGAGGUAUUUGGAGGAUUUUGGUUGAGUUACAAUUAAAAUUUACCUGAUCGUCCCUUUAGGCUUAGGUGUACUUGAACGAAUACAUUUGAAAACAAAUUCUCUAACCUUUCUGCAUUUGUUUCGUAGACUUUGUAGAGUUCGUACUGAAAUACUGCUUGGUUCACGAUCACGUCUAAAAAUAGAUGACGCUUCUGAAGAUGCUUUUUAUCAAUAUUCAGAUUUGAUAGCUCAUUUAGUAUAACAAGAUUCUCGAUAGGUUCACUCAUAAAUGUUCGCUCCCAAAUAGAUCUCUCGGAAGGCAUGCGGACCGACCCGUUCCGAAAAUGCUGAACUUCUUUUCGUGUGGGUCUACCGCGAACGGCGUGCUCGUUUCUAUGUGACUUCAGCUCCUUGAAGUCAUGGAACGUCACUCUACUUACUAUGUGCUCAGCGAUGCGCACAGCGUUCAGCGACCGCUCCGAUGUCUUACUCUUCGCAUACGCUUUAAAGCUCAAACGGCGAUUUGUAACUGAACGAGGGGAGAAAUAGGCCCGGAGUUUCUUUUGGAACGCCCGAGUAACUAUAAAACUGUUUUUUUUCGCGGAACACAGUCAGUCGUUGUGUUGAGCCAAUCUUUCAAUUUGAUUUUCGGAUAUUGUAGGCGUCAGUUACCUUCUCCAGAUUUCCAUCAACAGAUAAUCUACAAAAAUUAAACACUACUCGAUUUCAUUAAGGUAAGAAAAACUGAAUAAUCGUAGGCAAGAGAUUAACCCUAAGCAAGUCGCAACUACUGAAUGGAACUGUUUUGUAGUAGAACUCCAGCCAUAGCUUUGUACACCAGACUAACAACUUUUGAGAUUUAAUUGUUGAACUGAAUUUAAUUUCAGUUAAGAAAUUUAGAAAAAAUAUUUUCGUCGUGUCACUUGUUUUUCACGAGCUUGAACAAACAGAGACUCAUGCAACUUGAAACGUGCCGUUACUAUGAUGGUUUAUUGGUGAGCGGAAUACGAUACCUUUUCUAUGAUGGUGACGUCAUUCAGUUGUGAGCUUUGUACUUGCGGUUUUGUGAUCGUUAAGGAUAAACUUGGUUGACUUGAUUUCUCACGCCAUCGUAACCUCGCACCAAGACAAGACAUAAAAGCUCUAGUUCAGGAACGCAAAGUACAGACUUGACAAAACGGGCAAUCGAAAAUAAGGUUGCAAUGGUAUUAGACCGUUGAAAUGAUCAUCAAAGCAGUCCGUCUUUUGGUCGGAAAGCCAGUAUAUUCCUACAAAGGUAAAUUGAUCGCCCAACCGUGAUCUGUGUCUCAAAAAGGUGAACUGGGUACGAGUAUGUAAUGAGCCUAUCAAAUUUGCGGACUAACGUUCCCGACCUGCCUAGAAAUUUGUGAGAAAACUAUAAAGCUGAUUUCCUUCGCGGAACACAGUCAGUCGUUGCGUUGAGCCAAUCUUUGAUACUGAUUUUUGGAUAUUGUCAGCUUAUUAUCUAAUCCAGAUUUCCAUUGGCCAUUGACUGUUAAUUAGCAAAUAUUCAACUGUUUUCAAUUUCAUAAAGGUAAGAAAAACUGAAUAAUCGUAGAAAAGAGAUUAUAAACAGUUGAUAUUCCCUUGUCGUAGAUGAAUGUUGGAUAAAAUUAUUACAAUGAUUUUGUUUGUUUGUAAGGUUGCACUGUAGUGACGAGUAAGCUCCAAUUAUUUUGCUGUAUAAGUUUAGUUUAUAGGGAAGAAGUCUCAAUGGAGUUUUUUUUGUUUUAUCGUGGUUAGAUGCAUAAGGUAUAUGAGGAAAUUUAGGCGAAUCACGAUGUGCGAACUUUUUCUUGUUUAUCGCUAGCCACCGAUCAUGCGUGAAGUGCUCCGAUUUCAAGUGACGCGCAUUUCCAAGUCGCGACUACUGAAUGAAACUGUUUCGUAGUAGAACUCCAGCCAUAGCUUUUUAGACCGGACUAACUUUUGAGAGUUUAUUUGUAUUUACCUACAAAGGUAAAUUGAUCGCCCAACCAUGAUCCGUGUCUCAAAAGGGUGAAUUGGGUACGAGUAUAUAACGAGCCUAUCAAAUUUGCGAACUAACGUUCCUGACCUGCCUAGAAAUUUGUGAGAAAACUAUAAAGCUGAUUUGCUUCGCGGAACACAGUCAGUCGUUGUGUUGAGCUAAUCUUUGAAAUCGAUUCUCGGAUAUUGAUAUUCUCUUGUCGUAGAUGAAUGUUGAUAAAAUUGUUUCAUUAAUUUUGUUUGUUGGCAAGGUUGCGCUGUAGUGACGGGUAAGCUCUAAUUUUUUUGCUGUAUAGGUUUAAUUUAAAGGGAAGAGGUCUCGGUCGAGUUUUCCUGUUUUAUCGAAGUUAGAUGCAUCAGAUAUAUUAGGAAAUUUAUGUGAAUCACGAUGUGCGAACUUUUUCCUGUUUAUCGCUGGCCACCGAUCAUUUCUGAAAUGCUCCGAUUUCAAGUGGCGCGUAAGUCGCAACUGCUUAGUGAAAGUGUUUCGUAGUAGAACUCAUGCCAUAGCUUUGUAGACCGGACUAACUAAUUUUGAGAGUUUAUUUGCUGAGCAGAAUUGAAUUUCAAUUAAGAAGUUGAGAAAAAUGUUUUGGUCGUGUUGGGUGUUUUUCUCGAGCUUGAACAAACAGAAACUCAUGCAACUUGAAACGUGCCGUUGCUAUGAUGGUUCAAUGCCUUUUCUACAAUGGAGACGUCAUUUGGUUGUGAGCUUUGUACUUGCGGUUUUGUGAUCGUUAAGGAUAAACUUGGAAUGAAUUAAUUUCUCACGCCAUCGUAACCUCGCACCAAGACAAGACAUAAAAGCUCUAGUUCAGAGCCGCAAAGUAGACUUGUCAAACAGUUGACAUUCUCUUGCCGUAGAUGAAUGUUGAUAAAAUUGUUACAUUAAUUUUGUUUGUUCUCAAGGUUACGCUGUAGUGACGAUUAAGCUCUAAUUAUUUGGGGGUAUAGGUUUAGUUUAAAGGAAGAAGUCUCAAUGGACUUUUCCUUUGUUAUCGAAGUUAGAUGCAUAAGCUGUAUUAGGAAAUUUGUGUGAAUCACGAUGUGCCAACUUUUUCCUGUUUAUCGCUGGCCACUGAUCAUUCGUGAAAUGCUCCGAUUUCAAGUGACGCCCAAGUUGCAACUACUGACUGAAACUGUUUCGUAGUAGAACUCCAACCAUAGCUUUGUAGACCGGACUAACAACUUUUGAGAGUUUAUUUGCUGAGCAGAAUUGAAUUUCAAUUAAGAAGUUGAGAAAAAUGUUAUCGUCAUGUCGCUUGUUUUUCACGAGCUUGAACAAACAGAAACUCAUGCAGCUUGAAACGUGCCGUUGCUACGAUGGUUUAUUGGUGAACGGAAUUCAAUGCCUUUUCUAUGAUGGUGACGUCAUUUAGUUGUGAGCUUUGUACUUGCAGUUUUGCUAUCGUCGUGUCGCUUGUUUUUCACAAGUCUGAACAAACAGAAAUCCAUGCAACUUGAAGCGUGCCGUUGCCAUGAUGGUGACGUCAUUUAUUUGUGAGCUUGCGAUCGUUAAGGAAGUAUACUUGGCUGACUCAAUUUCUCACGCCAUUGUAACCUCGUAUCAAGAUAUAAAAGCUGGAGUUCAGAGCCGCAAAGCAGAGACUUUACAAAAGGAGCAAUGGAGAAAACGUUGCGUUGGUUUUAGAACGAUAAAAUGAAUGUCAAACCGGUCUGUCUUUUAAUCGAGGAGACUUAACUGUUUUAUUCCGGAUUAACUCGGCAAUCUUUGUAUUGAGUGCAUGUGAUAUAUUUUAGUUUGAUUGGUUUUGGCAGCCGAGCUGUUUUUGUGGUCUUUAACUGAUGAGAGCCAUUAUGUUGUUUGAAAUGAAACAGGGUGGCAUUUUUCUUACUAGAAAACUCUAAAAUUUCCUUAUAUCAUGGCUAACAUGGCGAAGCGUGAUUCAAAGGUUACUGAUGAUGGCUCAUUUCGGUAAAGUUUGUGACGGGACUCUCUUACUCGGAGGAUGAGUCAGAGAGAGCCCUGAGAACGGAGUCGAACCUUCACAGACAUCAUCACAGUUUCACAGCACCAUCAUAACAAAAGUGACAUUUUGCAUCUACUUAGAACGAGAUGGGCCAAAUCACUGUUACAAUUGCACUGGACUGGGAUACAAAGAUCGUGGACAAACCAAUCCCUGCCCCCUACACCACAAAGGUUCCUCAAGGUACGUUUCUUAUUGACAUCGUGAAGAAAGCUGCAAACGAAGAUAAAGAGGGGCCGUUCAAUAAGUACUCUACCACCUACUAUGGUGGUAUGGGGGAUUUGGUCAUUGCCAUGGACGGGAUUGAAGAGGUAUUGCAUUUUCAUGAUUUCUCUCUCUUUCUGCCUUUUCCUUAGGAGAGGGUACCGAAGGAAGGGGGGGUGGGGCAGGAGGAAGAGGUGUUUUAAUUCCAUUUCACGCACGAAUUUUAAAAAAAUUCACGUGUCACCUAUAAUUUAAACAGAAUUUCUUGCACCACGAAUUGGAAACGGAAACUCUUCCUAUGUGUAAGGUUUCCAUGUCAAAUUCCUCUUCAUGCUACACUCUAUCGUAAAUUUAUUUUCGCAAAUUUUUCCGAAUCCAGAUACCAUCCAGAAGUCUCUUGACAAAAAUUUUCCUUUAACUAGCAUUUCUUUGAUUUUUACUGUUUAGGAUCCCGCCAAAAAUCUAUACUGGAUGAUAAGAGAUAAACAGACUGGAAAGCUCACCCCAGGAAUAGACCAAUACCAGCCACAGGACGGGUCAACCACAGUCUUCAGCUAUGAAGAAUCAAGCAUGAGUCACCACGAAAGUCUGACUCGUGGCUAAGUGUUUGGACGAGGAUGGGGGGUCCUCUGGAUAAAUCAUAACCCAAACCAUAUAAUGUAAACCACCUAUGAUUAGUUUUAAGAAAAAUGUAAUAGUUUAUAUUUUAUUUUUUUACUUUGCUGCAUCUAGUGUUAGCUAAGUCAUGAUGUUAACUUCAGCUGUACUUGAGAAUUUAGACGUUUCACCUUUUGAUUUGUUUCUCAAAGAUCGUUUUGCGAUGCUGUUGCGUUGAACUGAUUUUCAAAAUUUUUUUAGUUAUAUCGUAAAUUUAGGAAAAUUUACCAAAACGCUCGCGUGUAGUGAUCAGGG